UUUUUUUUUUUGGGACGCCGUCAAAUUGAUUCACCGAUUUGCCGAAAGCUCUCAGUUGAUUUCUUAUUCUUCUCAUGGCGAAUCCGGCGGAUAAACCCGACCCGAAUCUCACCACCCGCGACGAAGGUGAAGUAAGAGAAGAAGAACUCGAAGACAUCGAAGAAGAAGAAGAUGACUACGAGGGAGAAGACGAUAACGACGAAGCUACCGCUUCGAAACCCCAAACGCGAGAAGACGCUGCCGCGAGUCGAGCCAACGCGCAGAAUCUCUUCCGUCGCAUGGGAGUGGCUCCGGUUCCGGUGCGCGUCCACGACGUGAUCGUCAAGGGGAACGAGAAGACCAAGGACCACGUGAUCGAAGCCGAGGUGGAAGGUGUGAGGCAAGCCACUACGUUGCAGGAGCUUCUCGAAGCUGCUAACGUCGCCAAUUUCAAUCUCCGCGCGCUCGAUAUCUUCGAUUCGGUUAAGAUUACGCUAGACGCUGGUCCUCCCGAGCUUCCUGAUACCACCAAUGUGGUUGUCAAGGUCGUCGAGAGCCAAUCCCCUCUCGCAGCUGAAAUCGUAACCUCCACGAAAUCGCAGGCUAGGUCAUCAACCCUUGAAGGCUCAUUGAAGUACAAGAACAUUUUUGGCCAUGGAGAUAUCUGGGACAGUUCUUUGGCCUAUGGCUGUGACAACUCUGGAGAGGUUGGCUUGGGGUUGUAUCUCCCUAGGCUCAGAGGACGUCCUACUCCGUUUACCUCGCGUCUUUACCUCUCUACGCAAGACUGGCUUAAGUUUUCUUCUUACAGAGAACGAGCUCUUGGUGUUUCCCUCGGUGUUCUCUUGAGCAAGAAUCACGAGCUGGGGUACACGCUUGCGUGGCGUAACUUGAUUGAUCCAACGCAAAUGGCGUCGAGAACGAUAAGGAGACAGAUUGGGCAUAGUUUGGUGUCUGAUCUGAAGUACACUUUCAAAGUUGACGAGAGAAACUCGUCUUUGAGGCCAACUCGUGGAUAUUCUUUCGUCUCCACUUCUCAGAUAGGUGGUCUUGUGCCUGAUAGUCGUACACUUCGGUUCUUGCGUCAGGAAAUUGAUCUUAAGUAUGCUGUUCCACUUGGGUUUUACCGUUCUGCUCUAAACUUUGGUGUAUCUGGGGGAAUCACAUUUCCAUGGGGAAGCGGAUACAAGAGCAGAGGUUCUUCUGUGUCAGAGAGGUUCUUCUUGGGUGGUAACAUAUCACCUGUGUGUUCUUUGGGAGGACCAUCUGCGUUAUGGGGAUUCAAGACAAGGGGACUGGGUCCUAACGAGCCAAGGAGGGAAGUGGAAGACGAUAAGAGUGGUGACACAUAUGAGCGGGAUUUUGUGGGAGGUGAUGUUGCGGUGACUGCAUUUGCGGAUCUUUCUUUUGAUUUCCCGUUGAGAUGGUUCAGGGAGAGAGGAAUCCACGGGCAUGUGUUUGCAUGUGCUGGGAAUAUUGCGGAGUUAUCAGGGAACAAGUAUCGCAACUUCACUGCUCCCAAGUUCCUGGAGACAUUCAGAAGCACAGUAGGUGCAGGGAUCGUGUUACCAACGAGUUUAUUUCGCAUGGAGCUAAACUACUGCCACAUAGUGAAGAAACAAGAACACGAUAGAGCAAAAUCUGGGUUUUUCAUGACAUUCUCAACACCAUCAUCUUAGUACCAUCUUUGAUGAUUUCAUAUCCGUGGCUGUGGCUGCUCGCAGUGUCAUGUUCGUCGUUUGGAAUUGAAACUGGAAGAAGAAAGAAGUCGGUUUUGGUCGAUUUGGAAAUUUCUUGACAAAACUUUUACUUAAAACCGGGAUUAUUGUUUUCAUGUGUCUUUGAAUAAGAAGGGUUUCGACUAGAGUUGACACAUAACGUUUUGUUUCAUUAUGGUGACACAAUUUGAACACUAACAUUUAAGCUCAUGUGUUUUCUAGAGCAA